UGUUAACAAUGCGGCGAGUGUCCAACUUUGUGCUGCGUUUCUGCUCCAGCCCGGAGUCUGGGGAGAAAAUGGAGGCUGGUUUCAUCACAUUUAGCCCGUUCCUCCGUCUCCACUGAGCUCCUCCGACCGAGUCCACGCUCCCCGCAAACUUUUCUCAGCAAAAAACCCUGCGCUGCGCUGACGGGAUUUACCCUUUGAGGAGUCCUUUGAGUUAUUCUAUCACAUGGCGCAGAGCGGCAGCAUCAUGGUUUGGCUACGGGUUCCCCUCGUGAUCGGCUGCAUUUCCUGGAAUAAGCUGGAACCUGAGCGCUGAAAGCCACACCAUGGAAUGCCUGUAGUAGUAUCCUGCCUGCAUCCACCCCAGAACCAGAACCAGAAACACAAAGUGAGACACCAAUAAGGGACGUAGAGGAGGACUCCCGAACUCCGUGCGUCCGAGUCCGUUCUCCACAAGGCGCUUUUAUCUAUUUAGGUCAGCCAGCUUGAAAGGGAUCUCUGAAGGCUGUAACGGGAGCGAGUGCCAGUUUGUGUGCGUGAUUCCCUUUUUAGAGUAGGUGCCUGCCCUGGGCACUCAGGCCAUGAGGCCCAAGACUUUCCCGGCCGCCCCGUAUGUGGGCAACACAAGGCAGCGGCUUCAGGAGAUCAAGGAGGGCCUGAAGCAGCCGGCUAAGCUGGUGAGCCAGGCUUUGCAUGGAGGCAGCUCCCGCAGCGACGGCGGCAGAGGCGCCGACAGCAAGAGCGGCAAAGACACGGCCAGUCGACAGCAGCAGCUCCGGCCUCCGCAGAAGUUCAACAACUACCAGAACGCCCUGCUGGAAAUCCGCAGGUCGCUCAGGCCUUUCGAGUCCGGCGCCGGGGACGUGAACCGGCAGAUGCUGCAGGACCUGGUGAACACCGGCUGUGACCAGGAGAUGGCGGUGAGGGCGCUGAAGCAGACGGGCAGCAGGAGCAUCGAAGCCGCGUUGGAGUUCAUCAGCAAGAUGAGUUACCUUGACCCUCGCAAUGAGCUCAUUGUUCGUGUCAUCAAACAGACUUCGCCAGGAAAAGCUGGGAUGCCAAAUGCAAUGGACCACCGGCCUCCGUUGCAGGGCUCGGGCGAAGCGGGUGCUAUGCCUCCGUAUCACCAGAUGGGGGCGCCCAUGUACGAGGGGGCGGGAGGAUACGGCCCCGAGGGGGAGAUGCCCAGAACCUACAUGAGCCCCGUUAUGAACUACAUGAUGACGCCAUCCGGUGCAGCACAGGGCCCCGCGAUGGGAAACCCGAUGGGCCGACCCCCCAGCAUGGGCUCCUAUCCGCCGGUGAUGGGCACCCAGAGCAACCCGGGCAACACCAUGUACCCCCCCGGGGCUCAGCAGAAGGGCUACCCCGGCGGCAUGGAGCAGCACGGGCCGAUCAUGAGCUACAACGUGCCCGGCCAACCUUUGCAGCUCCAGCCCCAGCCACCGGGGGGCCCCGUCCCAGGCCCGCACUACGACUACGGCCACGCCAGGCCUCACAUGAUGGAGCCGGCCGGCUACGGCGUCAAGAGGACCCCCUCCUUCCAGAACAAGAUGGCGCCGCCCCCCAUGGCUCCCCCAGACAACUACGUCAACAUGCAGGGGAAAGGGGGCAUCGGGCAGAACCCGGCGGGAGGAGGAGGCGGAGGGUAUCCCGCCAACCUGUACCUCCCCCCUCACUCCCACCCCCGGCAGGCCAGCCCCACCUCCCACCAGGUCCACAUGAUGUCCCGGUCCCCCGGAGGGGUGGCAGGCAUGGGCCCCGACUUCUCGGACCUGCCCCAGGGCCUGAUGACGCCCUCCAGGGCGAGCCUCAACCUAGACCUGUAUGAGCACCACUGGGCAGGGCCUCCAGGACCGGAGGGGGCCCCUACGGCGAGGCAGCCCCAGCCCCAGGGUCCAUUCAGGGGGGAGGUGCGCGUCCCCAGCAGAACCAACUCCUUCAACAGUCGCUGCGCGGGUCCGAACGGCGCCCGUCCCGCGAUGACCGCGCCCCCUACAUCCGGGAAACAGGACCCCUCGUUGGGUCCCCCCAACACCAUCACGGCCGUGACGUCGCCGCCCAUCCAGUCGCCGGUCAAGAGCAUCCGCGUGAUGAGGCCCGAACCCAAGACGGCCGUGGGACCGUGUCACCCGGCCUGGAUGACCGCUCAGGCCCAGGACGCGACAGAACCCCUGGCCUACAUGCCGGAGGAGACGUACUCCCUGGAGCCGGCCCAGGAGCCCCGCUGCCCUCCGCCUCCUUACCCGAUGAAUCUGUCCGGGGCGGCCGGCAAGACGGGGGCCAUGGAGGGACCCGGGGCCAUGUGUGGAGGCCAGGACCUCGGCAACAACGCCUCCGCCAGAAACGCUCACGGCGGCAGCGGAGGCGGCGGGAAGGCCGAGGACCGGCAGCAGGUGAAAGAGAAGACGAAGGUGGGGAAGGGGGAGAAGACGGUGAAGGACAAGAAGCAGAUCCAGACGUCCCCCGUUCCCGUGAGGAAGAACGGACGGGACGAGGAGAAGAGGGAGUCGCGCAUCAAAACCUACUCGCCGUUCGCCUUCAAGUUCUACAUGGAGCAGCACAUAGAGAACGUGAUGAAGACCUACCAGCAGAAACUCAACCGCAGACUCCAGCUGGAACAGGAGAUGUCCAAGGCCGGCCUCUCGGAAGCGGAGCAGGAACAGAUGAGGAAGAUGCUGAACCAGAAGGAGUCCAACUACAACAGGCUACGCCGCGCCAAAAUGGACAAGUCCAUGUUCGUCAAGAUCAAGACGCUGGGCAUCGGUGCCUUCGGUGAAGUGUGUCUUACUCGUAAAGUGGACACCGGCGCACUUUACGCCAUGAAAACACUGCGCAAGAAAGACGUACUCAACCGCAACCAGGUGGCCCACGUGAAAGCUGAGCGCGACAUCCUGGCCGAGGCCGACAACGAGUGGGUGGUGCGUCUCUACUACUCGUUCCAGGACCGCGACAGCCUCUACUUCGUGAUGGACUACAUCCCCGGAGGAGACAUGAUGAGCCUGCUCAUCCGGAUGGGCGUCUUCCCCGAGAACCUGGCGCGCUUCUACGUGGCCGAGCUGACGCUGGCCAUCGAGAGCGUCCACAAGAUGGGCUUCAUCCACCGGGACAUCAAGCCCGACAACAUCCUCAUCGACCUGGACGGACACAUCAAGCUGACCGACUUCGGCCUCUGCACGGGCUUCCGCUGGACGCACAACUCCAAGUAUUACCAGAAAGGAAGUCACAUCAGACAGGACAGCAUGGAGCCCAGCGACCUCUGGGACGACGUGUCCAACUGUCGCUGUGGCGACCGGCUGAUGACGCUGGAGCAACGCGCCAACCGGCAGCACCAGCGCUGCCUGGCCCACUCCCUGGUGGGAACGCCCAACUACAUCGCACCUGAGGUUCUGCUGCGCAAAGGUUACACUCAGCUGUGCGACUGGUGGAGCGUCGGGGUGAUUCUGUUUGAGAUGCUGGUGGGACAACCACCGUUCCUGGCCUCAACCCCGACCGAGACUCAGAUUAAGGUCAUUAACUGGGAGAGCACCCUGCAGGUGCCCGCCCAGGUCAAACUGAGCCCCGAGGCCGUGGACAUCAUCGGCCGCCUCUGCUGCUCCGCCGAGGACCGUCUGGGCGCCAACGGGGCCGGCGAGAUCAAGGCCCACCCCUUCUUCUCCCAGAUGGACUUCUCCAGCAACCUGCGUCAGCAGCCGGCGCCCUACCGGCCCAAGAUCGCCCACCCGAUGGACACGUCCAACUUCGACCCCGUGGAGGAGGAGGGCGGCCCGGGGGCGUGGAGCGACAGCGAGGACAGCACCCGGGCGCUGGACAUGCUGUGCUCCCCGCACGGGAAGCACCCGGAGCACGCCUUCUACGAGUUCACCUUCCGCCGCUUCUUCGACGACAACGGCUGCCCCUUCCGCUACCCGAAGCCGCUGGAGGCCAGCGAGGUGUCGUCGAGCACCUCCGGGGCCGCCAGCCUCUGCCCCGAGGAGGAGGAGGAGCAGGAGCAGGAGGAGGAGGAGGAGGAGGACGAAGAGGAGGAGGGAGAGCAGGGGGAGGGAUGCGAGCCGGUGUACGUCUAGAGCCGACGAGCUCCUUUCCGAGCGGCUUGUGUCUUGUUUCUGUCGUUUAACCCUCAGCUCAUGAACCUCCCAACCAACCCACCCACCACUGCUCUUCAUAUGUGUGCGUCUGUGUGCAGAGGUGUGCGUGCUGCUGCACAGGUGGGUCUGUGCGUGCGCAUGCACAUCCGUCACGUGUGACUGAAAAGCUGCAGGAUGGAAGCAGGAACGGACGGACGGACGUCGCCACCUUGUGGAGCCUAUAGCUCGUUCCACGUCGACUUAAAAAAAAUCCCAAAACUCCCUCUGAUCCGGGACCAAGAAUCGACUCGGCCGCAUCGAGAAGAAAUGAAACGCGGGGUGGGCUCAGAGACGGUUUGCUCAUAUUUCUUGGGAACGUAAAGACGUCUGGGAAUCGCAGACGAGGUUUCACAUUCGAGGACCCGCUCCCCGGGGUUCGUCCGGCGGUUUUUUCUCGUCCCAUUCCUUCCAUUCUCGGUCUUACGGGGCGAGCGAAGCGCCGCCUCCUGCUCCACCCCGAGCUGCUUUAAAAAACUCUUCGAAAAACAUUUGCAACGUGCCACAACUUCGAGGAGUGGAAACCAGUUUACCUGUCGAUCGCGCCUCUUCCACCAAAGCUGCUGCAGAAUAAGCUACGGAGACGCACACACUCAUGCACACAUUUAUCUGCACCGGUCGUAAAAAAAGGACGUUAGGUUUCAGCGUCUGCGUCCACGUUUCAAGAUGUCGGCUCGAAACUCGUCGGACAAAGAGAUUCCUCUGGCCCGCGCUCAGAAACACUCGUCCAUGUUGCGCGUCGGCUGUGGCAGAUUUCAAGAAUUAACCAAACUAGAUAUUUAAGGUGUCGACCUUUUAUAUCUGCACCUGCCUCAUUUUUUUUUUUUUUGUGCCAACUUUACUUUGAGAGGUUUCGUCCUGAAGGUGGAGUCAGACCCUUUUCUUGUUCUGAGGUUACAUGAUGAUUCUUGGUAAAAAAAAAAAAAAAAAAAUGCUUCUGUAAUAUGAUUUCAACAGCUCACGUCCAAAUAAUCCUCCAUUCGUUCGUCAGGCUGAACCACUGUCGCGCUUUUUAAUGAGUCCAAGUCUUAUUAAAACCGUAAAUGUCCCUGUAAUCGUGACAGAGUCGGCUCGGAUGACAAAUACUCUUGCGUUUAUAAAUUCUUGUUUACUUUUUUUUGCUUCCUAGCACAACUCUUAACAAAGAAAAACAAAAAAACAAGAGAAUCCAGAGCCAGAGGCCGAGUUUGGCGCCAAAUCAAAGCUCUAACUCGCACACACAUUCACCAAGAUGCACAAUUGUACAGCUUUUUAUUUUGUUUUUCCUUCAUUUUCGUUGCAAAGAUCAGUCCCGCGGUUGCGUUGUAACUUAAACCCGCCUCCUCCUCCUUCUUCUUUCUCCCGGAAGCAGUCAUGAACAAACACAUGUCCUUACGUCAGCCAAACAUGUGAUAAUAUGACUAUGUGCAAUACAAAAAAAAAAAUCAAACAAAAAAUAAAAAAACACAUUAUAUAUAGUUUUGUAAACACUUCAUAACCUUUUGAAAGUUUAGUUCUGAAAUGUGCAAAUAUAUUGGUUUAUAUAUAUUUUUUUUUUCCUCUUUUCAGUUAAAACAUGCUGCUUAUUAUUGUGGUUAAUAUUAUUUACUUUAUUAUUAUUAUUAUUAUAAUUGUGUACCUGUUUUUUUUUUCUCUCGUCGUGGCUUAAAGAAGACGUGUGUUUGGGUUUCGAACGUGACGAGCUCCUGUGCCCUCCCACAGCUGAGUGUUUAAAGGAAAGAGCGGCGCUGAUAAGUGUUUCUGGUGGUCGACUCUUCGCCUCCUGCCGACGGGCUGGACCCGAACGCGGGAGAAGGAGGCGAGUGCGAAGGUUUCAGGUUUUGUUUAAAAGGUUUUUAAAGUUCGGGGACGAAGGGGCGAGCGAGGCAGGUCGAAGGAAACGUGAUCGGAAAAGCUCAAUAUUACAAAAAAAACUUCAACAAAGAGUUGGUACAUUUUCUUUUAUUUAUCCAAAAUGACCACACGUUUAAAGUGUUGUUUAAUUAUUAUUAUAUAUAUUUUUUUUUUUUUUGCUCUGUGUUGGAGCUUCCAUCCCUUCUGCUUCGUGACAAUCAGACUGAGAGUCUCUCGGUUGCAGCAGUUUUCUCAGCAUCAGUAUGUGAUGUGGAGUCAUGUGAUUCUCUGAACCGAUGAAUGCACACUGAUGGAAAAACUAAACAAAAAAAAAAAUGUGUGGAUAAAUUUUUAAAUUUUUUUUCUUUUGCUUGACAAUGUUUGAUUUGUUUGUUUUGAUCUGUACAUGUGCCUUUUUUUUUUUACUAACGCGAGCAGCACAAUCUAAACACACUGCCUUUUUUCACAAACCUCUCGUUUCCCGUUUGAUCUGGGGGCAGCUGAUGGAGCGCGCCGAUCAGCCACAACAUUAAAACCGCUGAGAGGGAGACGACAUUUAAAGCGUCUGCUGGGAAACUUUUGGACCUGGUGUUAAUUUGUGUGGAUGUUACUUAGACAUGUAGCCCCCACCUAGACCAGACCAGACCAGACCCCCCCACCCCAUAGCAAUGACAUUAAUGACACAGA